CCACGCCCACGGUCGCCACAGUAUUGAUCGUAACCCUGGAGUUUUGUCAAAUGCUGUAAUCGACCCUCUGUUGGCCGGUAGUCAUUUUGAACUUGACUUCAGUCAGCCACAGGACUGUUCUGCAAGGGAUGCACAACGAGAUGCAAGAUAAAGUCAGGUGGUACAACAGUGGCGGCUUUAAACCAUGUUUAUAGGUAAAGGCAGAUGUCCAUGUUCCCCUGAUUAAGUCAGAGGAACCUCUUCGGGUUUUCUCAUGGCAGUCCUCUUUCUGCUGUUGAUCAGCUUUUCUGCAGGGGAAGCUCACACCAUAAGGGCACUGGUCGGUGACGAUGUCACUCUGUCGGUCGAUACUGAGACAUCGUCAGACAUCGGCGAUGAUCUAAUCUAUUGGUACAGGAAAGACCUGGAUCCUGAUGUUGUCCUUCUGCAAGAAAACGGUCGGACAGCUUAUGAAUAUCAGAAUCUGGCAUACAGAGACAGGACGAUGCUGUCAGCAGAAGAUCUGGUUAGAGGAAUCAUCUCCCUCAAACUGUUCCACGUCCGACUGGCCGAUGAGGGGAAGUACAACUGCUUUGUCAGGUCCAGAGAAAACGCGUACUCCUUCCAGAUGUCGCUUCUUGUAGGUGGAGCCUCCUCCCCAGUCACGACCAUAAAGCAUUUCAACAGCCACGGCGUGGUUCUGGGCUGCCAGGCUGAUGGCUGGUAUCCACAACCAGAGCUCUCCUGGUGGAACGCUGAUGGACUCCCCCUGCCCGCCGUAACCAUGAAUACCACCCAGGACCUCGACAGACUGUACAACAUUUUCAGCACCUUGGAGGUGGAGUGGGAGAGCCUGAGCAGACCCAUCACCUGUAGAGUUCACCAUGGGCUCUUCAACCAGACCAGGGAGAGGGAGGUCUACUACUCUGAAGGAUACCUCUUUCAAGAUUUGGCCCAUCGCAGUCGAAGUACUUAUGGAUGGUUGGCUUCUCCGGUGGUUUUUCUUUUGGUGGUUUUGGGGGCGUUGGUGAUUGCCUGCAGAACCAUUCAUGGAAACUCCAUGGAACAGAAGGUCAAGAAUGAAGAUUAGAGCUCAUCCUAACACACACCCACACAAGCUGCCACUGCCCACUACGGGUCUCUAGCUACCUGCUACUGUUCGCUAUGUGUCUCUAGCUACCUGCUACUGCUCGCUAUGUGUCUCUAGCUACCUGCUACUGCUCGCUAUGUGACUCUUGCUAGCUGCUGCCCACUUUGUGCCUCUAACUAGCUGCUACUGCCAUCUAUGUGCCUCAAAUUAGCUUCUACUGUAUGUGCCUCUCACUAUCUUUCACUUCAACAGAUUUUCAUCAGGGUGGACAAAAUCAUUCGGAGGGACUAUAUAAGAUCACAUGAGAUGCUUAUAAUAUUAUAAAUGAAAUGGAAUAUAGUAAUACAUUAGGUAUCUGAUAUGAAUUACAAAACAGUUCGAUCCAACUACGCAUUGUGUUUGGUUGAGCACCUUACUAGCCACGCUAGUAUAAUUCUACAGGUCUGUGGAAGUCUGCAGGACACUACCAUUAUGGCCUUCUAUUUAGAUAACGCUGAAGCAAAGAAUCACAUUUUGUAACUUCUAACAUUUGCAAAUUUUUUGAGUUAAUUAUUGAAUAUUCAUUUGUUUACAUUGCAACAUGCGUUUGUUUAUUUAUUUAGAUGCAUUUCAUUUGCCUAAUUGCAUAUUCACAGGGUUAGUACUGUGGAGAUUUACAUUGCAAAAGAGUUCCUGUGGUUAAAGGACUACGUACCCAAGAUGCAUUGCACUGUACUAAGUGUAUGUGCUAAGUGACUAGAGUGAACAAGCGAUGCUUUGAAAGAUGUACAUGUGCGAGAUUGCUCAGUAAAGUUACCUG